GGACGGAAAGAAGCCCCGCCCCAGAGCGGGAGGCUGUGGUGCAAAUCACUGUUCCAGUCCGGGGGCGAGUCUCCACCCUGGUUUUCACCGGUCCGGGCUGCCCGGCAAGUUUGAGGAAGUUGGUUCGUCCGGGGCUUUUGACUGUUUCCCGUGACCCCGACACACACAGGCUCCUCCACGCAGCCACAUGGUCUCUCUGGGCGCACUGCUACUGGGCGCGCUGUUGUGGGUCCCCGGCGGGGCUCUGCGCUGCCAAGGGGACGCGGGGCAGCCCGUGGACUGGUUCGUGGUCUACAAGCUGCCCGCCCAGAGCGGCCCUGGGGACGACGCAUGGAGGGGGCUGCGCUACCGCUACUUGGACGCAGGCUCCGGGGGCUGGCGCGACGGUGCUGGGCCCAUCAACAGCUCUGAGGGCGCCGUGGGCCGCAGCCUGCAGCCGCUUUACCGGGGCAAUGCCAGUCAGCUCGCCUUUCUGCUGUACAAUGACCAGCCGCCCAAAUCGGCCUGGGCUCCGGAUGCUUCCAGCCGUGGCCACUCAAAGGGUGUCCUGCUCCUGGACCAAGAAGGAGGCUUCUGGCUGGUCCACAGUGUGCCACGCUUCCCACCCACUCCGUCUUCUGGUGCAUACACCUGGCCUCACAAUGCCCAAACCUAUGGGCAGACCCUAAUCUGUGUGUCUUUCCCCCUCACUGAGUUCACAAAGAUUGGCAGGCAGCUGGCCUAUAUCUUCCCCUUGGUCUUUAACUACAAGCUAGAUGACAUCUUUGCCCAGAAAUUCCCUGACCUGGUGGACGUGGUCAAGGGCCAACACAUUCACCGGGAACCGUGGAACAGCAGUGUAAUGCUCACGUCGCAGGCAGGGAAUACUUUUCAGAGCUUUACCAAAGCUGCAAAAUUUGGAGAUGAUCUGUACUCUGGCUGGUUGGCAGAAGCUCUUAGUACAAACCUGCAAGUUCAGUUCUGGCCGAACUCUCCAGGUACCCUUCCAUCCAACUGCUCUGGUCCCUGGCACGUUUUGAAUGUGAAUCAGACAAGCUUCCCUGGACCAGCUGGACCAACCUUUUCUGCCUCAGAGGACCAUUCUAAGUGUGCUAGGAAUGUGCUCUACAUUGAGCUGCACCCAGUCCUAGACUUAGGUUUGAAUCACAGUUCAUCUCCCUCGUUGUGUGACCUGUGUGCCUUAUCUUGUCUGUGACUCUGUUCAUCUGCAAAAUGAAAAUCAUUAUCAUGUACCACUCAGGAUCAUUGAGGGGAAAAAAGGAAAGUGGUGAAUGAAGCUGUUAACCUUUCUUCAGGUGGGUGUGGGACACAGUGUUGCAACAUUUACUUUUUGUUGUUUUGUUUUGUUUGCACUGCAGACUGAACCCAGUGUCCUCACACUGAACUAUAUUCCCAGCCUCCCCCCCCCAAAAAAAAAACAUCGUCUCACUGUAUCACUAAGUUACCCAUACUGGGCUCAAACUUGAGAUCCUCUUGCUCAGCCUUCCAGAGUGUUGGGAUUACAACCACACUG